AUUAAAUUUUAUGAUCAAUAGAUGGAAAUGAAAAAUGAAUUUACAAACUAUUAUCUCUAUAAUUAUUAAAUUCAAAUAUUCAAUAUGAACUAAAAUUUAAGUAAAAAAAAGAGAAGAUAAUAAAAAUGUGUAUUAUUUUGAAUUAAGCCAUGCAAUUAAUAAAAUCUCUAAUUACAAUAGAAUUGCCUAAAUCAUAACUUUUUGAAUUCACAGCAAAUGUGAAAAGUUAAUAUGGAUGCAAUAUAUUGAAAACUAGAUAUCAAACGGAAUUUUAGAAAUAAAUUUAGAACUUAUAAAGAAUAUAAAUGACAAGAAGAUGAUGAUCAAAGUAUUUCGGGUCAAGUUUAAUGUAAAUUCAAGAUUAGAGUAAGUAAUUAUGUUGUAG